CAUUAUAAUUAUUUUAUGUUUAAUACACUAAUAUUUAUAACACUGUUAGCUCUCUACUGACUAGCGCAGUUGUCACAUGACUUAUUUAAUCCAAUAGGAAAUUGUUUAAACAAAAAAUUCGUUAUUUUUUCGAUAUUUUGCCGGCUUUUUUAGCGUUGUCGCGUCGCGUCGUUUCGUAAGCGUUGUUUUAGGAGUGCCUUUUGUCGUGUUAGAGGUAACAAAAGUAUUAUAUAAUAAUGGAAUCACCCCGGAAACGCGCAAGAACACAUAAAAAUCCAUCUACUCCCGGCUCUUGUCAAUCCUUACAACCGGCUAAUUUAUACAGGUCUUAUGAAAAUUCAGAAUAUUCCUCAUCUACUUCCAGAAGUAAAAGCGACGAAAGUGAUAUUUCUUCUGAAUAUACCAAUUAUACACAAGAUUAUGAAACCUUCUUUGAAUCCGUAAGAAGAGUUAAUGCGAAAGGGGGUAUUUGGAAGCUUUACAAGCCAGUCGAUGAAGAUUCGUUGUAUCAUGAUAUAUUAAAACAGCCCCAAUAUACAAAACAAAUUGCAAUAGAUCUGCUCAAUAACUGGGAAAAUGAUCCACUAAAUGUAAUCCAAAGCCUUGUCCAAUUGUUCGUUAACUUGUGUGGUUUCAAAGAGUUUGUAGCACCAGAAAUAUAUCAUAUAAAAAACUUCCAAGCGUAUGCUGAGGCAAUUAUGAAUGAUUUAUGUGAAGACGAGUCUAGCGAUAUAAUAAUGUGUGGUCGGUGUCUUUUCAACGAAAAAUAUGAAGGGACUACGCAAAUACUGCGCAUGGGCGUUUACAGUUUCAUAUCCAACUUCAUUAUUAUUGCUUUUAAAAAAGGCAUAUUAUCUCCUGAUAACGACCGCUUGACCAAAUGCUUACAGAUAAUUUUGAAAGUAAUGUCAAAACAACGACUGAGACAAAUCAUGCAUACUGGAAUCAUUAUCAGUAACAAAAUUUUGUCUUCUUUGAUAAUGACCUAUAAUUUAAUUAGUAACGAAUUUAAAUUCAGUCCAAGUGAUAGUAAUACUGAGCAAGCUCUGUCCGAAAAUCGAAAUUUUUUGAUGUUGCUCAUCAAUGGUUAUUACCUGAAUUUCAGAAAUAUUUACUACUCCAAAUUCGUCCAGUACGCUACAAAAUUGAAUCAACUAAAAGUAGAAUGCAUUAGAGAAUGCAAGUUUUGGAUAAAAGCCCAUCCAAGAAUUUUUAUAUCUAAUUGGGAAAUCCUCAAAAUUAUAAAUUUCUAUAUACACGAUGCAUGCAAGGACGUUAGAUUGGCUGCUCUGCAUACUCUAGAUGAAGUUUUUAAAUGCCCUGAAGCUUUACAACACAUUACAAUUGAAUAUAUGAAAGAUUUAAUAAAAAUAAUAAAGGGUAGAUUUGAUGACGUCGACAGACAAGUUUCCAUAAAAGCCUUGGGAGUUAUUCAAACCAUUGUUCUCUGUCAUCACGAAUUAAUAUCUCAAGAAGUCGUCGAUGCAUUCAGUAAAUUAAUAUUCUGCCAUUCUGCCCCCAAUGGAAUUGAAGCCGCUAAAUUGUACACGGCAUAUUUAAAAGUCUCUUUCAAUUCCACCUCCGCCUCUACUCGCAUGUCGGAAGAUAACUAUUUAUUAAUCAACAUUGUCAACCUUUAUCGAAAACAGCAACAAGCCAAUGCGAAAGAAUAUUUAAUCGAAAGCUUCCUGCGAGGCUGCGAUGACCUGUUAAACUGGGAUUCAUUUUACAAUUUAUUCUACAAGAUAAGAGAUGAAGAUAAAACAAACAUUUUAGCGCUUUCCGAAAUUUUCGCGGAGUUUAUUUCCCAGUUUUUAACAGGAAAAACCAGCGUUAUGAGAAUUCGCUCGGAAAUAUAUCCUCCGGCCGAGCAAAAUAUCCAUAAAAAAAUCGUCAAUUUAUUCGAGAAUUUCCGUGACUUGAUCCAGUACCACGAAACCCCCAAGAUUUCCUCCGAGUUGUUCAGGGUCGUUUUGCUCGUUGAUUACGAUUGCCCAGACACUGACAACUAUUCUCUAAUGGAAUUGGAGAGGAUGUUUCACGCAGCUUUCCAUAGCUUCAAGACGUGUCGCGAGCCGGAGAUGAUGUAUUUAAACAGGGCAACGGGGGUUAUGGCUGUAUUGAAAUCGUUAGAUGGGGUAAAAAGGUGCGCCGAUCCGAUUCUUCCUAAUCUGAUCGAGGAGACUGUCGCUUCUGCUAAAUCGUAUUUAAUAAAUCCGGUGGUGGAAGAUAGUUUCUUGCUAUUGAAAUUAGCCGCACUAUUAAAACAUUUCGAUUUGACCAAUUAUUUUGCCGUUCAGGAGUUGGUUGUACCGUUCGAAAAUUUAUUCGAUUUGCAUUCAAUUGUGGGAUUGACCAAUAGUUGUGCCGAGUAUUUGAAAUGGCAAUUGAAAUCUGCUGAAUCGAUUACGCGCUCUGCAGACGAAGCGCAAGCAAUAAGUAGCUUGAGAUUUAACUGUGAAUUGGUGUUGGACGAGCUGUUUCGGUUAUUAAAAGACGACCAUCUCCUAACUGCUAUUAAAUCUGAAGUUUUCUUUAUUAUAUGUAACUUUUUCACGUCAUUUAACGCCGAAUUAAAUCUAAUUGGAACUAUUAGGAAAAAAUUGUUCCUUAUAUUGAAAUUGGAUAUCACAAAAGAUAAAAGUAAGCAAGCGAUAUUAUGGUAUUACGUCGAAAAAAAUGUGGUAUUUAACUUGGAUAUGCCUAUUGAAGAGAGGAAGAAGUAUUUAAAAAGUUACGUUCGUUUGAUUGAAAAAAAGAUUCUAUCUUCAGAAUGUUUGAUAAACGUCUUGAAACUUUAUUCCACACAUUCCGAAGAAUACGGUGAAAUUGUAGAGUGGAUCUUGUCAUCAUUUAUUGAAGCAGAUUCAAAAAAUCAUAGAAUCGGUAAAACUCAGGACAACAAUAGUGUCUUACUUGUUUUACUUACGUUGUUCGAAACUUACGAGAAUAUUUUAAACGUGAACGGUGCAGUAGACUUUGAUAGUGAAGAAGGAAAUAACUUAAAAGCGCUCUCUCAAGAAUUCGCAUUCUACAAACCAUUAUUCCAAAAACGAGAAACAAUUAUUGACCAAUUUCUCGACAUGGUUUUUUUUAAAAACGAUUUGCGAUUGCUGCCUGUGAUUUAUUUACUCGAGCCAUUCUUUAAGAAUAUAAAAGAGGAGAACACUAGAAAUUUGUUUAAUAAAUUUGGAGACUUCAUGAAACCGUACAGUAAAGUAGACUGUAUUGUGUGGCUUAAGAAACUUUUGAAAAGUAAAUAAACUUAAGAAAUAAUUGUUCGCUAGUAUUUUAGAUUUGUUCGUUCUGCUUAAAUUUAAAUCCUUAAUUUUGUUUCGUAUGUAUUUGUUCGAAAUUCGUUUAUUAAAUCUUUUUCAAAAUUCGUGUUUAAUUACAUUAAUAUAUCAAUAUUCCAAAAUAAUCAGAAAACAAGAUUAUUCGUUUAAUUAAAAAUGGUACUUGUUUAUAUUUACAUCUUUUAAACAAUCCUUCGGAACAAAUUUACAUAUUUAAAAUAAAUAAUGAAAUAAGAAAACAGUACAUUUGAUCCUAGUUAAAAAAUAUUUACAGAAAUUGAGAACAUUAGAUAUAUAUGUUUAAAUACAAACCGAUGAAAAACUUGUACUCAUAUAAUUUACACCAUAAAAUAAAGAUUCCAAUUUUUAAAAUACGAGAAAUUGCAUAAUACUAAAAUUUAAAAAUAUAAAUAUAUGCAUAUACAUAUCUCUCAUUUAAGAAUAAUCUAAUUAAUUAUUAAAGAAUAGAGAAUAUUUCGAAAAUAGAGCGCGUCCGAUUUUUAAUAACAGAUUUUUUUUGAAAAAUUCGUGCGUAUAACACUAUUAAAUUUUAAGUACAUAAUAUAUCUGCAAUUUGUCAGAAUUUAUCAGCAUAAGGCAAUUUUAAUACAUAUAAAGUGUUUGUAAUGGUAAUUCUGGUAACUGAGUAGUAUGGCAUUUUUAUAUAACAAUUUUAAAAGAUCAAUUUCAUUUUUUCCUUUUCAAUCUAAUUUAAACUUUCCAUGAAAAAAUCGGGAACGUACUAUCUAGGAAAUUUACAAAACAGGCCUACAUCUUACAACGUGACUAUUAUAUCUUAUUUUAUAAAUGUUCAUUCAUUUAAUAAACAGACCUGUAAAUUUUACUUUAUAAUCCAUCAACACCUUAUUUACAAUAUAAUAACCCUCUCAAAAAUUCGAGCUUCUGUGCGGAAAAAAGAAAACUAUACUCAGGUCUAUUCAACAUUUAUCAAAUCCAUACGCUCGUAAACGCUAGUUUAACUAAAGUCCAACAAAUACGCGAGUAGUUAACAAACGGAACUACGAUGUCAAUCUGUAACUUAAAUCCAUGCCCAUGCACUCGUAAAAGGCCGGGGGUUUUUCCACAGAGGUGUCUUCAGUCGAUGGGGGUUUGUCGCACUCUUCCAAAUAUUUUAUCACUUUUUCAGUUGUUCUAAUAGCACAAACACUCGAAGCUUCGGUC